AUGACUAACAAACCAAUUGCUCCUCAAAAUUCUCAGACACCAGAAGAUUCAACAGAACGGUUCGAUCCACAGUCGAUUAGUUUACGAGCUCAAAAAAAGUUGGUUGGAAAUUUACCAAAAGGAAUUAUUAAAUUAUUUCUUGAUGAUUCAUCGGCUCGUUUAUUUGAAAAUAUAUUUAGUUUGAUCAAACAAUAUACAGGUAAUAAUAAACUAGCUGCUUAUCUAACAAAGCAGGCAAUUAAAUUAAAUGUCAAAGCCUUAAUUUUAAUAUCAAAUGAUAUACUAUCAGACGAACAGUUGAACCAUGCUUAUGAAUUUCAUGAGAAAUGUCAUCAAAUAGCUGAGAUCGCAUUGCGCUUAGGUCGACCCAAGCGUCGUCUAAUGCCGGGUGUUGAACCGUCAAUUGAUAAAUUGAUACAAACAAUGAAAGAGGCUAACCAAACGUUAAUAGAAGCUGUUAAGCACCACAUUAGUCAACAAUCACAAGACAAGUUUAAAGAAUUUUCGGAAUUUUUCUGUCGUCGUGAAUUUGUUGUUGAAGUGUUUACUAAUAAAGUGAAAUAUUCAAUGCAUAUGGAAAAAAUCUAUGAUGACCUCGAAGAUAUGAUGGACCGUGGCUUAUUUUGA